UUUCCUUUCGACAUGGCAACAAACAAAGUCGUCCUGUAGGCUGUGUCUAAUCUGCGCGAGUGUGCGCAAAGAAAAUUGAGUGAAAAUAAAAUUAGUAAAGAAAUGGCAGUUACUAGUGAAAAAGAAAUUUGUUCAAGAAAAAUUAAUGGAAGUAUACCCGCUUUAUCCCUUAACAGUGAUAAUAUGUCGACAUCUACGGAUAGUGACGACGUAGCCGAUCCAACAUAUGAAAUUCGAAAUAUUCAGAGCAUAAUAAACGUCACGCGUGAAAACAUUGAUGCUCUGAAUGCUAAAUUUGCUGGUUUGCAGCAUCCGCCGUCUUUGUAUCUCACGGAAUACCACGAACUUACAGCGAAGUUGCAUAAUUUAGAGUUGAGGGAGCGAUCACUGAGAGAGCUUCUGCAGUGUGAGUCGCCGGACCACAGCGAGGAGUAUUCGUGGCAUGAUGACUCCAAGAAGUAUGACACCCUCACCCGGCAGCCCAAAGUGUUUCUCAGAGCGCAUCUGCCGAACCAGCAGCGCACUAGUGUACAAGUGAAAGAAGGUGUUAGUUUACGUGAGGCGCUCUCGAAAGCGUUGAAACUUCGAAAUUUAACUUGCGAAAUGUGUGAAGUAGUUAGGACAGGAAAUAAAGAAGUGAUAUCUUGGGAUACUGACAUCACUAUGAUUGAUGCUGAGGAGGUAACGGUUCGGACACUAGACAAGCUACAUGUGAUGUCCCACAUGUCGCAUCAGUACACACGGAAGACAUUCUUCACGCUGUCAUUCUGCGAGUGCUGCAGAAGGCUGCUCUUCAACGGAUUCUACUGCUCGCAAUGUAACUUUAAGUUCCACCAGAGAUGUGCAGACAAAGUCCCUAGUAUAUGCCAUCAGGUCCGAAUGCCUGACACGUACUACGCAGCGCUGCUCGCCAAGAAUCCAGAGAACCAAGCCGGUAUUCUGUAUGUUUCGUCACAGUUCAGCUAUCCGAACAAACAGCAACACCCACGCUCACUGAACCAGCAGGACAGAUCCAACUCGGCUCCCAACGUGUGCAUCAACAUGGUGCAGCGACCGAUGACCCUGGCCGAACACCAGAGGAAACAGAAUCAGUGCAGCAGCAACUCGCCGCAGUCGUCCAACUACCUCUCGUCCACCCGACACAAUAAGGACGACAAGGAACGCGACCAGCACAGCCAAAGCACCCAGGCAUCACCGACGGGCACGCUAAGGCCACGGCGUGCCCGUGCCCGAAGCGCGGACGAGUCGUGGAAGCAUGCGUUGUCACCGCGCGAGAGCUACGAUGACUGGGUCAUCCACGCUGAUGAGAUCCUCAUCGGCGCCAGGAUAGGAUCCGGCAGCUUCGGGACAGUGUACAAGGCGCACUGGCACGGUCCGGUCGCGGUUAAGACGCUUAACGUUAAGACGCCGACGCCCGCGCAGCUGCAGGCAUUCAAAAACGAGGUGGCGGUACUGCGCAAAACGCGGCACUGCAACAUCCUACUGUUCAUGGGGUGCGUGUCGAAGCCGUCGCUGGCCAUCGUGACGCAGUGGUGCGAGGGCUCGUCGCUCUACCAGCACCUGCACGUGCUGGAGACGCCGCUGCCCAUGUUGUACCUCAUCGACGUUGCGCGCCAGACCGCGCAGGGCAUGGACUAUCUGCACGCCAAGAACAUUAUACACAGGGACCUGAAAUCGAAUAAUAUAUUUCUAAGAGACGACUGGUCGGUGAAAAUCGGCGACUUCGGCCUCGCUACGGCCAAAGUGAGGUGGUCAGACUCGUCGACUUGCGGCGGCGUGCAGUGGCAGCAGCCGACGGGGUCCAUUCUGUGGAUGGCGCCCGAAGUGAUCCGUAUGGAGGAGCCGGCGCCCUACACGUUCCGCUCGGACGUGUACUCCUACGGCAUCGUGCUCUUCGAGCUGAUGGCAGGAGAGUUACCCUACUCGCACCUCAACAACAAGGACCAGAUCCUGUGGAAGGUGGGACGCGGACUGCUGCGGCCGGACGCGCGGAAGUUGCGACAGGACGCUCCGCAGUCGCUGCGCCGGCUGUUUGAAGAGUGCAUCAACUUCGAGCGUGAGCAGCGGCCGCAGUUCCGGCAGAUCCUGGCGUCGCUGGAGGCCAUGCUGCGAGCCUUGCCCAAGAUCACGCACAGCGCUUCCGAACCCUGCCUGCAUCGCCAGCUGCACGCGUCGCACGACUACCUCGCCUACGCCUGUGCAUCGCCCAAGACCCCCGUCAACUUCCACUUCGACGUCGACACCAGUUUCCCCGCCUUCUACGGAAUUCCGGUUCCUAAUCAACGGCAUACUUAGAGCUAAGACGAGUGCGCCCAUCCAUUUUGCGUCAUCGCCGGCAAACGCUUUACUAUUCUAUCGCUGUGUGGAACGGUAUUAUGUCUUUGUAAAGUACUGCCUUUGAAAUCCUCUUGUGAUAUGCAGAACAUACUGUUUAAUGAUUUUAAUUUGUAAUAAAAGUCGUUGACUUAUCUGGUGUGAUUUCACAAACUGGAAAAUUUGUUUGAUACAGUGGAAUAACUUUGUAGGGUAAAUAUACCUAAUUUCAUGAUUAAUUGAUUAAUUCAAUAGGAAUAUGUAGGUAUAUUUUUAUGACUGCUGUGUGAUCAAAAUAGACACUUGUGAUUCAGGGUAAAUUCAUAUUAGAACUUACAUAGGGUAUAUGCAUAUUAUGAUUUCAAUAAGUAUUUUUUUUAUAUAAACCGUGUCACUUUUGAAUUAUGUUUACAUCAAUAUUUUAGCAAAAAAUUAAUUAUUUUUUACAAUUUGCGAAAAAUUCUGAGAUAUUAAAAGCGACACCAUUGGUUAGAGCGUUUUUGGUGAAAAGCAUAACAGAAAUUAUCUAUAUAAUAUGUCAGUUCACAAGCAAUCGAUUGAUUUUGUGGACUAUGACGUCAUAGUAGAUGCGUGCCUUGACGACAGGCGUUUGAAGUGUCCGAAGUGUGAAUUGACAUUUUCAACAAUUAUCUAUAUAUAUAAAAAUGAAUUGCUAUUCGUUCGUCUCGCUAAAACUCGACAACGGCUGGAUCGAUUUGGCUAAUUUUGGUCUUGAAUUAUUUGUGGAAGUCCUGAUAAGGUUUAAAAGGUGAAUAAAUAGAAAAAUGCUCGGAAUUAAAUAAAAACAACAAGUUUGUUUUUCCUUUGAUGUGUCCAUACAUAUCAUUUCUAUGAGAGAAUUUUUUGACGCACGGUUUGACAGUUCUGCUGUGAAACAAUUUCAUUACGACAGCAGGGUGCAUAUUUUACGAAGUAAUUCUUGAUGUUAUGAUAUAUUAUUGACAAAUUCAUAAAAUACAUUAUUUUAUUUAUUAUAUACAGAACAACGUCUGUCGGGUCAGCUAGUUUUUAAAUAUAUUUAAUAAUAUAUUUGAUUUGCUAUAGCUAUUUCAGCAUUAAUUACUUUCUAUUAUAAUAAGCGAUGUCAAAAAUAUAUGCAUAUUCCCUGUUGCUGAGCAAUACUAUAGUAUCAAGAUUUUAUUGCAAUUAUACAUUUUUCUGCCUAAAAUUAUUAUUGCAAAAGUCUUAAGAAACAGUGCGCGCUCAUAUUAUAUAUACCUACAUACAUAACUGGUGUUAAUAUUGGAUUGUUUUGAUUUCCUCCGGUGUUCCAAUGAGCAGUAUGUUCUGAAUGUUUGUAUAUUGUAAACUGUAUAUAUAAAUAUAGUUAAGUUAGGAAUGAGUAACGCGGGGUGAAUCGUAACCAUGCUACUACUAAAGUUUAUUCAAGAUGCAAAUUUGGAAUGGACCUAAUAACAUAGAACAAUGAUUUCCAAUGGAUUAUUUGAAACAACUGAUUAUUUGAACCAAAAUUAACGAACACGCCCUUCCAUACCUACCCGCUUUAUAAAUCUCGCAAUAUUUGUUCAACUCUUUAAGUUAUUUCGUGAACACCCGUUGAGUUGAAAGCGUUUGUAAUCUCCAUGGGAGCUGGUUCUAAUAACGCACAGUCCAUAAAUAAUGUUCAAAUAAAAAUUUGUUUACAGCGAAUGGUAGCUUGUUCCAGAUUAUGCCUUGUGGGAGUAAACUGAUUUUCAAUCAAAUAUACUAUAUACUAGCUGCCCACAACCUUAUUGAUUGUAUAAGCAGUUAAAAAUACUUUGCCUAUAUAUAGAGUUAUAAUAUUAUGUAGCCUAUAUUGGGUACGUUCUCCCGACCUCUUAUAAUUUUUUUUUAUUAACGCCUCAGCAACCACCCUUGCGUUUUAAAUUUCGUAAAAUGCAUUCUUAGCUGAACUCUACUCGACGAUAGGCUCUGGGCCCAUAGAUAUUAUGACAAGUACAUAGGUGGAAAUCUCUUAUAAUUUAAAAGACAUUUAAUCAUAUAAGGUACUUAUUUUUUGCAAAAGUAUCCCUGUAAAUAAAUUAAGUGGGGAUAGACGGGCGCACCUUUUCAUAAGUUAAGCGCAAGCGUCGACUGGUCCGUGAGCCUUCCCGCUUCUUACUUACGCACCUCGCGAUUAGCAUAUUAGCCGUAUGUCGAUUAAUUUUAGUGAGCAGUCAAUUGCUAUUUAUUUUUGAUGUUUUUUUUUAUUCAUAUAUGAUUAUUGAGUCAUCUCCCCAUGGGCCAUGAUUAAAUCAAACGAGUAAUUUCACGUCCAUUAUUUGUUAAUAAACACUCGUCUAAUGCGCAACGGGGCCCGGAGACAACUGACUCGCGACUUGUCAUUUGCACACGUCGACAGCUGUCCCCACAACAUCCCCCUUCUUAAAAGAAAACUUUUACAUGUCCUCACAUGAUCGCCAAACAUCACGACUCCGUAUCGGUAUUUGCUCAGUAGUACUAGCUUUAGGUCUUGCAUCUGUAGUGGUCCCGAUUCACCCCGUUAUACGUGUACAUUGUAUGAUAAAAACGACUUCUAGUGAAAUGAUUACUAUAGGAUUGUGACGCUAUCACAUUAGAUUUAAUGUGUCGGGUACGUGACUGGUCGAUGUCCAAGUAUCUGUUUCAAUGGUGAAGUGAUAGUGUGCGAAACAAAAUGGCGGUUACGUCAUUCGGUUUCGCGAUUAACGCUCACGGUGAAAGAAAACAAAAAUCUUCAUUCGAGUAGUUUUACAACUACCUACAUUAUUACACGCAAGGAAUGUUAAAUCAUCGUGAAAUUAUGGCGCAAGAGUUGUUUUUUUUUUACGAAAGUAUUAAAAUUUUCAUCACAAUAUCAACUGUUUAUGUGAAGCUAAAUCAAGUAGGUGUUUAGUUAUUUGGUACUUAAUUAAUUUUAAAAUGUGAUUCGAGUCUUCUAAUAAUAUUUUUUAAAGAAAGUUUACUGGUGUCAAUAAAGUUACGGUAAUAUAAAACUUUUUGUGUUCCCUGGCCGUUACUGUUCGGGACAUUUUUUGGUAAAUCACUUGUGUUUUGUUAAGUUCACAUUUUAGGGCAGCUGUUAUGAUUUUCCUGGAGCUGCAGGGUAACGGUAGUGAUCUCCAUUAGACAUGAUAACUUUAAAGAUCCAUUCCUGGCCGUCGGUUACUGACAAAUAUGAUGAUUCGACAUAUUCUUCAGAACUGCGAGGUGAUUUUAGAGUGUACAAAUUCAAUUUGAAACCAAAAUUUAUAAUCGUUGCGGGACUCAAACCCGCUGCCUCUCGGGUUUCGUCCGUUCGAGUGACGCAUGGUUGGGGUUGAGCAGGUUAUCAAUUGUUAGUAGAUUCUAUAGUUGGUGCCACAACCUGAGAGUUGAACAACACAUGCCAAGAUUAACGAUCCAUGCGUCACUCGAACGGUUGCCUCAGUUGGUAAGAGCGCCCUGAUAGAACCAGAGAAGUCGAAGGUUCGAGUUCCGUAUCGUUCAUAAAUUUUGGUUACAAAUUUAAUUUGUUUAAUUAAUCAUCACCGAAGUGAGGGAUUGACUUUAAAAAUAACAAAUUACUUAGAAUAUAGACUUACUCGACUUCAAAGACAAUUAAUAAUAAAUAUGUAUAAUAAUAUAAUUGGUUUCGUGUGAAAAUAAUUAAGGCGAAUUGUCGUUUGUGAUCAUGACUCACUCGGACACUCUUAUUUUUAACACAAUUUUAUUAGGUUGGUAUGUAUAGUCAAGGAAUUAUACUCGCGUACCGCAUUUAAGUCUAAAUUGUUGAUGACAGUUGAUAAUACUAAUGACGUUUGUGCGGAACGUACUGAACGAAUAUAAACUUUUAAGAUAUUUCAAGCAAUAAGUCAGCAAAGGCUACGCGAAUCAUACUCCUUGACUGUACCUAUAGAAUUGAAUCUUUAGACGUGAUUGUGAUGAAAGGGUUGGAUUGAAGUGAAGUGAUCAAGGACCGACGAGAAAGAAAAUGAUUUAAAUCUGCCUAUCUUACUUUUAUUAACUUUUGUUUCAUGACAAAAAGGGGCAAGACGAGCAGGUCGUUCAGCUGAUGGUAAUAAAUACGCCUUCCCCAUUACAAUGCAGUGCCUCUAAGAUUCUUGAAAUAGCCAAAAAUUCAGAGCGGCACUACAACUUCGCUCGUCGCCUUGAGACAUAAGAUGUUAAGUCUCAUUUGUUCAGUAAUUUCAGUAGCAACAGCGCCCUUCUGACGGAAACCCAAUAAUGGUUACACAUUACUGCUUCACAGCAGAAAUAGGUGGCGUUGUGGUACUGGUCUAUGAUUUAAAGGGACUUUUUAAUUAUUAGUAAUGUUCACGUCGUGAAUACGUUGUACAGUUUGAAAAUAUAAAAAAAUAUGCUAUAAAGACCGUGUUGUGGCUUAGUUCGAAUCGUAAAACUGCAAAAAAGAUUAUAAGUAUGCUCCGGUAUUAUGUGAUCGCUAUCGAUAUAGUUUGCAUUCUUAAACACAAAACACUUGUUGACGCCUGUUUUUGCCUUCUGAUUUUCGAAGAUUACUUAAUAUUAUUUUGUUGAAUUAUGAUUAUACAGCGUGGCGCUGCAAUGGCGACAUUAAACAAACACACGGAUAGAACUACAUAACAGUAAUCACAAUCUAAUAUUGUACAUAAUUCACCUAAAUAAAUCAAUUUUCCAUUCCAUCAAACAGCCGCGUGCUAGCGUGCCUAGUUACUCUAUUGCGUAGGUACUGACAGAUACUUAGCGCCGUCUCAUGCGACCACCUAAUUAAAGUUUUGUUUCCUUAAUCACGGACUAGUAAAAAAAUAAGGACUCCGUGUCACCUUACAUAACAGUGUAGCACCAAAACAAGCCGAUUAAAUACAUAGGCCCACGCACACACUUACACUACUACAGGCCGAUAGGUGGCCAUUAUGAGAAUUGUCAUCGUCUGUGACAGAUCAGUUUGCGUCUCAAUAAAAUAUUUAAAAAAUGCCGUCGUGCGAAAAAUUGUACAAACGAUACUUUAUAAGCAUUUGUGGCCAUAUAUGAUUAUUUAAGGGAGAAAAAAUUUUGUAACUAGUAUCCCCCGUAACUGCACACACUCUAGCAUAACGGUGCUUCACUUGCUAAUAUCACGACGCGGAGUCCUUCUUUUUUUACUCGUCCGUGUCCUUAAUAUAAAAUUUGUUUGUUCGAAAAUUUUUUCGAAAUAGCUCGGGGAAUUUUUCAAAACAUGAUUACUUACUCAAAAAAAUAUCUGCAAAGAAAUAAGAUUUUAUAAAAUAAUAGAAGGUGAAGUGGUAGUUUUUUUUUAAUAAGGCCAAUCAUUUAUAUGGCUAGUACCUACUGCGUCAAAGAUACUACAAACCUACUGUUUUCGGUGUUGUUACUCCGUCUAUGUUAUUCUCAGCCUGUGUUGGCGAUAGUACAUAAUAGUUUUGUACAUUUGAGCGCAUAAUAAAGUAUUAUUUACGUAAAUGUAAACUGAAACUCAUUCAAUUCAAUUGUAAAUAUAAUCUAGAGUGUAAUGUAACUUGUACACAGUAUAUUUAAUGCGUUAAUGAUUCUAAUGAACACAAUAAAUUAUUGUUUCGAUUUUA